GGCGGGGCUCCUGCUCCCAUGGCGACCCUGUGUGUUGUGCUCCGGGAGCGGUAGCUUCGGUCCGGGCACGUCGCCGGCGCAGCCCCGGCGGCCGGUUGAUCCCUAGGCACCAUGAGCCGUCUGGGGCCGGAGCGAGACCUGCAGGAGGCCGCCGCCGUGGAGCGGAGGCGGCAGCAGGAGCGGCAGCGGCAGAGCCGCAUCUUCAACGCGCGACUCCGGACCAUAGGGGUUGAUAAAGAUGCACUGGAUACCCAAGUCAAGGAGAGGAAAAUUCAAGAAGCAGCUGAAAGAGCACGAAACGAAGAAUUUGCUAAUGAAAUGAAGCAAAAUGACAAGAUCAUGUGUAUGCUAGAAGAACGACAGAAAAAUGACAUCAAAAACAUAAAUAAGGCUAUCAAUGAAUUUCAGAAGAACUUUCAGAAGCCAGAAACAAGACGUGAAUUUGACCUGUCUGAUCCGCAAGCUCUAAAGAAGGAUAGACCUGCUCGACUUUCAGACGAUGAUCCUCGAUGUACUAUAUCUGGCUUGCAGAAGUUUAUGGGUGAAGACUUGAACUAUGAUCAAAGGAUCAAAUUUCAAAAGGAGCAGUUAAGAGAGUGGUCUCUUCAGCAGCAGAAAGACUUGAAGAAUGCAUUAGCUGAUCAAAAAUUUGCAGAUGAUCUUCAUGAUAAGUAUAGGAUUGAACUUGACCAAAAGACUAUGGAGUUACAACAAAAAGAAGAAGAAAACAAGCGUGCUGUUUGUGCAGCUACUAAAGAUUUCAACAGAGCACAGGCUGCUGAAGUAGCUGAGAGAAAGAAGUUGGAAAAGCACCAAAAAAUGAAAGAUGACAUGGAUGAAAUUUCCGGCCUCCUUCAAGGAGACUUACUUUCUGAAAACCCUGAACAAGCAGUCAGUUCAUUUGGUAGACAUCGUGUGAUCACAGAUCGAUGGAAGGGAAUGAGUAAGGAUCAGCUGAUGGCAAUCCGUUACUCUCAAAAGGAACAAGUUCUGGAGAAAAUGAGACUAAACGAGGAAGAACGCCGAAGAGAUGCCGAAUGGGACAGGCAACGUCUACAGGCUGCUAGAGCGCAGUUGAUUUUAGAGCGGCAUCUAGAACGACAAAAUCGGGAAUACCGCCGAGCUUUAGAUAAUGUAAAUGCAGAGCUAUCUCGGGAGCAGAAAUCAAAGAAUAUUUACCUUAAAGAAGAAGAAUUUUCAAACUUUCCAACAGACCAGUACUAUGCACAGUUUAAUACAACCAGCCGAUGACAUUCUGGAUGCAUCAACCUGAAAUAUACAGAAGUAUGUAGACAUAUUAAAAAUUUAAUUGAGAAAUCCUAUGUUUUAUUAUUUUCAUCUGUUCCCUACCCUGUUCAAACAGUACACUCAAACUAAAAGUCUGCUAGGCCACAUCUGUGCUAAGAGGAGGAGAACACUGUAAUAGUUUUUGAACUUUGUUUUCCCAAAAAGUAUUAGUAGAUUCAGUAGUAGGUUGUUUGACUGUGUGUGUCUCAGGCAUAAUGGAAUAUUUACAUUUUCCAUGCCUUUAGAAAUAAUUUUCUGGAAAGGAAUCACGAUGUAAAAUAUAUUGCUACUUAAGGCAACUUGGUGUCAGAGAGCACUGCUGCUUGACAUAGAUCACAGGUGAUCUACACUUAGCAGAUUGUAUAGCAGGGGAGAAAAGAUGACCUAGGCACAAAAUUUUGUGGUUUUUUUUUCUUUUUGAGCUUUCUUUUUUGUUGUGUUUGGUUGGUUUUGUUGUUGUUGUUCGGUUUUGGUUUUGUUUUGUUGGUCUUUGUUGUUUUGGCUUGGUUUGGUUUUUUAAGACAAAAAAGGCCAGAACAUAAAAGCAAGCAAACAGGAAGAAAUGGACAGCUUGGUUCAGAAGUGUCACUUUUAUUGCCUGAUAGUGGGAAUAAGAAGAGAAGAAGGGCAUGUAGAGACAGAACAAGGGGUAAUGGCUGUAAACUAAAAGAGGGUAGAUUUAGAUUAGAUGAAAGGAAGAAAUUCUUCACCAUGAGGGUGGUGAGGCAGUGGAACAGGCUGCCCAGAGAAUUUGUGGAUUCCCCAUCGCUGGAGGUGUUCAAGGCCAGGUUGGAUGCAGCUUUCAGCAACCUAGUCUAGUGGAAGGUGAGCCUGUCCAUUGCAAGGAGGUUGGACUAGAUGAUCUUUACGAUCCCUUCUGACCAAAACCCUUCUAUGCUUCUGUGAAGAUGUGGAUAUUUACUGAGAUGAUUAUAGCAAUAAGGCAUGACACAGAAAUGGAAUGUGUGUUAUAGUAAGUGGGGAAAAGUGUGGGGCGAAAAUAUUCCAACAUAUGCUGUCACUCAUUAGAAAUAACGGAGAAAAUUUAAGGGCAGUGUGCUUCUGAAAGAGAGUGUAGGGAGGGUUUACAGAUGUGAUGGAAGAGGGAGCACGAAGUAGGUGUGUACCAAACAAAAUCAAUGAGAAAAAUCUCAGUUUGAGUGGGGCAAUUCAGGGAAAUAGUUUGCUUCCUGGCCUUAUGGUUACAAAAUUGACUUAGCAAUGGAAGAGCCAGUCAAUGAUCCUUGAAAAAUUGGCAAGUGAUACACAUGAGAAGAAAAUAUGAAGAAGCAAUGGAAGAAACUAACUGCACAAGAGACAUGGAUGAUGGAGAUAUCCAGAAGGCAAAGAGAUGACAUACAGAGGACUGGAAGAAGGAUUAGAAAACUUAAUGAUACAAAACAGAUGAAAGAAUGAGAGAGAGAUGACCAGAUAUUCAGCUAAACAUCCAAGACCUCUAAGAGAUUGUAAACACCUAAUAAAAGGAGAGGCAGUUCAUGAGAAUACGUCUUCAAUACGUAUUUGUAGCUUGCCGGAAUCUGGGAUGUAAACUUGUGGUUAAAACUUCCUCAUAAUAUUGGCAAAGAUUCCUCUGAUUGUUCUUUGUAUCAGGAUAAAUAAUAACUUCGAGUUCUGAUGAAACAGGUUGAAGAUGUCCGCACCAAGUUAAGUAGGAAAGAUGUUUAAGAAACUGAGGCCAAGGUAAACUCUAAUGAGUUAUUCUCAUCUUUGUGAAAAUAAUGAAGAAUGCAUGGUUCUCAAGAUAGCUAUUAUUAGGAGGAUUUUGAGGUGUUUGAAGGAAGCAUUCCUUGAAAGGGCACUAUUCAAACAGGUCUGUCUGCAUUCCUUGAAAGGGGACUCUUUUCAAACAGGUCUCUUUGCUCAGCUGAAAUAGUGUCCCUGUGGGAUCAGGCCAAUAUGACUAAUUACCAUUUUGAACAACGUAAUAACAGCAGAAGUCUGGAAAAGACCAUCAUGUUAAUCCUUCUAGAUGGAGAGGAGUAAGCAAAUCAAGUAGGGAGAGAGUAUAAAAAUGGCUAAUAAAGUGUCUUGGGACAGUAUAACCCAUAGCCAAAAGCUAUGUCACAGUUUUAGUUUAUUAAUACAAGUGGAACUAAUUGCAGUAUGGGUAGAAACCAGGUAGAAAUGCAUUAUUGCUGGAAAACAGGAACUGAAGAAUAUGCUGUUCAGCAAGGUUUGAAGAUAAAACCUGAGAACAGAUCACACAUGCACUACUAAUGAUGAGCUGGACUACAAAGAAGUAAGAAGGGAUGGGAUUCAAGAAAUUCUAAUGUGGUAGCAUUUGGAGAUUCAUUUAUUCGUCAGACUAGGAUUCACACAUGGCUGGAUGUCUUUGUAGUAUUACCAAAUACUAUAUUAAAUUAACAAUCUCAGGAGUGCAGAUACUAGAAUAGAAAGGCCAUCAAAUGGUUCAUUUUGAUCUAUGGUGAAUAUCUCCGUCUCUGACUUUUUUUUUUUUUUUUUUAACUAAAGUUUUAGUUAUUGGACAGAAAAAUUAAUAAAGAAAGUGUUGAAAAGUUCAUGAAGUUGUUGUCAUUUGUCCAACUUGUGUGAGUAGGUUUUUACAGACUUUACAACAGUUGUACUUUGGGUUAAUAACCUGGGAAAAGGUAUGUAUUUAAAGUUUAAAAAAAAAAGUUACAGUGGUUGAACUGAGUCCAGUAUUCUACUUUUUCCUGGGUUUUUUUACACUUUUUUUUUAUAAUUCCAUACACUGUAUGCACAAAACCUUUUCACUUGUUCCUAGGAGGACUUGAUAUAUAAGUAAUUUUGUAUUAGAGAUAUUUUCAUAUUAAGCUACACUUCUUUGAAUAUUGUAUAUUAUGUGAUAGAUUAACUUGUAUUUCCUUCUCUGAAGAGAGACUAGCAUGAAACUGAUGUUUUUAUAGAGAUGUAAAAAAGAAGGCCUUCUAAAACUAUUGAAUUAAUGGAUGUUAACAACAGCAAAAUUUGGCUAGCUAAUACUUCCAAGGAUAACGAUUAUUCCCUGCCUGGUCUAUUCAUUCUGUUUUAAUCUGUUGCUGUAUACUUCCCAAGUUAUAUCUGGGACAUCCUUUUAACAGUAUCUACUUGCUUUUAGUUUUCAAAGUUUAUACUUCUAUAAUAUUGUACAUAAUACUGUCAAUGAUCAAUAUGCGAUGUUUAAUUUCCCCACUGAAAAGGCAACUGUUAACUUUUAUGAGCUGGUCACUGUCUGUACUUCAUAAUAUAAUUUCACUCAUAUAAUUGUAUUUGCUUUUAGUUUUGCUGUAAGCAAGAUUCAUGUAUCAAAAAAUAUUGAAUCUACAGAUGAACAAACAGGCAGGUAAAGGAGUGAAGACUGAGAGGUGACAUAGAUAGAAUAUAUGUGCAGCUUUGAAAAAUGCAUGUCCAUGAUGCUGUUGAGCAAGAUAAUGGUGAUUGCUUUCAGGAAAAGAAAACACAAAAUUACUCUGGCUGUUGUAGAAGACAUCAGUUUAUGUUAAAUGACCUUGCUCCUUGCUGUGGGGAAUUUCUCCAUCCUAAAUCUGGAGCAAAGCUCUGACCCAAGGAAAUUCUUAGUAGAAAAGAAUCUCAUGGCAAUCAGUUGGUUUGGUUAUGUUUGUAGUUCUGUAAUGUUUAAAUUGCAUUGGUAUAAAUCUUUCUGUGUUUCACUGGAACGUGAACUAGCUAAAUGAGAUCUAUUUUUCAGUGUAUCUCACUACAUAGUGAAAAGUGCAUAGUUAAGUCUUUGAAAUUAUGGUAAUUGGUGUGAGCAAAUGAGUUUGAAAUUCUGUGUAUCGUUACCCUUCCUCCAUUUCUUUCCCUAAAGAGGGACUAAGAAAUGUGACAGAAUAAGUAUCCAACUAAAUCAUCUUCCUCUCUUUGAUGAAGGAAUAUUAGUUUCCAUCAAACUGUCUUAGGGACUUGCAGAGCUAUAGGUGCUUGUUAUUAAGUUUAAGAACUGUGAUAGAAAAUUAUUUUUGCAGACUCCAUACCUUUUGUUUUUUUGUUUCUGAACCUGACAUCUUCCAGCUUUGGUUGGUGCUUGUUAAUCUUUUUAUGAAAAUAUUUUAAAAUGGUGAACAGCUAUUCCCUGUUUUCUUUACAGUUUUUUAGACCUCUGUCACAUCACCAUUUAAUCUUCCCUUUUUCUAGGAUGAAAAGAAUCCUUAGUUGGUUCAGUAAUUCCUCAUUAAACAGCUGUAAUGUAUAUUUCUCAGUCCUUGCUAACCAUUUCUGUACUUCAAGAAUUUUACUACAUAAACUUUUUGAGAUUAAGUCAGAAGAUUGUGUAAGAAUGGUAUUUUCUAUUGUAUUUUCCAUAGUAUUUAUAUGUAUAUUUCCCUAUAAUCCCAACAUCUGUUUUGGUUUCUUGGCCAUUGUUGAGCAGUGAGAUGCAUUUUCAUAGAACUCUAUACUCUAACUCGGUGAUCUUUUUCUUCAGUGGUAUCAGCUCAUUCAGGGCCACCAAAUAUAUAUAAACGUAAGGUUGUGGGCAUUUUGUUUGAUUUGGUUUAGUUUGGGUGUUUGUUUGAGGUUUUAUUGUGCGUUACUUUUGGGAUUUUUUUUGUAUCAAACUUCACCUACCAUUUUAUCUCCCCAUCACUCAGUAUCACAAACUUACUAUGCAGCUCUUUUCACCAUCUUUUUGCUACACUGGUAGGUUAAUAUGAGCAGUAAAGUAUAUGAUCACAAUAUUUACCUCCUUUUUCAGUAUGUUGAAUACCAUUUUACCAGGACAAAGUCUUGUGGGACUUGAUUAGUUGUUUCUCUUCAAACCAGACCAUUGAUUCUUGACAAUUUAUUACUGUCCAUUUUGUUAUGCUGUUCUGUAAUCUCUGUAGUCCACAUAAUGGCUUGAGACAUCUACCAAUAUGUCCACAUAAUAAAUUAUUUUGGUUUGGAAACAUCCCUACUCACACAAAAAUUUUCUUAAAUCUGUUUGCAAUAACCUUAUUUCUUCUGACUGCUGUUCCUAUAAAUUUUGUCUCCUACAGCCUUCUCUUUCAGACUACCUGCUACUUAGGUAUUCACAAAUGAAUAAAAAUUUUAUGACUUAAUUAGAUCAUACCAACUAGUUAAAAUAUAAAGGGCCUUGGACAGCUUGCACUGAAGUAGAUUUCUCAUAAUUGUAAAGAGUGAUAGCCCAGACUUGUGAGAAUGGUAUCUCGUGCCGGAUAACCUCCCCCAAGUACAUGUGAUGUGUGAAUGUCCUUGGGCCUGGUCUGUGAAUGAGUGGGAACAUACCUGAAACAAACGUAAUGUGAAUGUGGUAUGUUUUUAAUAACAAUUAUUGAAAAAACAUCUUGUGUAAGCUCUUAGUCCAGGCCCAUAUCUGUAAAUGCUAUAAAUUGCCAAUGGUUAAUAAAGAGGGUCUCAGUCUGGCUCAGCUCUCUGCUCUGCCCGGAUCUGUGCUCCUUCCUGAACAAUAUCUCUCUCUGUGUGUGCAUCUUUGUCUGCGUCCUGGUGUCCAUCGUUCCUCAUCAUCGCAAGUGCUGCCCGGUGUGAGUGUUUGACCCCUCUGAGGCCCUUCAUCGAGCAGUGUGUGUGGCAGCGACCACGCAAUCUGAUGGUUUGAUAGAUCAGCGAAACCCCUGCUGGGAAACUGCAAGAGGGGCACAAAACCCGGUGGCCUGCAAUCCAACAGGGUUUGGAAUCCGACCUCUCAGCCGCAGAACGAUCUCUCCCCCGAGAGUAGCAAUAGUAUCACAAUCCGGCGCACAGUCUAUGAUCUCAUCCCUGCAAUCGCAGGCAGCGCUGGGUUGGAUUUGGCAACUGCGACAGAAUUGUUAAUUACAGAAUCCCGGAUAUAUUCAGUAAGUACCUCUGUAUAGGGACCUUUGCCUAAUGGAUUUUUUGGAUGGAUUAUUGGAUGCUCUACUGCUAGUGUACAAGGUAUAUUUGUCCUUCCUGGUGUAAUUGAUGCAGACUAUGUCGGAGAGAUUAAAAUCAUGUUUACAGCGACUCAGAUUCCCUGCAAAAUUCUAGCUAAUCAGCAAAUUGCACAACUGUUGCUCUUGCCUACUGGGUCCCUCAAAUAGUUACAGCUGAACAAGGUGAUUUUGGUUUUGGAAUUUCUGGCCAACCACAAGUAUUUUGGUCCCAGGAGAUUUCUACACAGCAACCCAUGCUUACUGUUUAAAUUCAGGGCAGAACCUUUACAGGGCUAGUGGAUACUGGCACUGAUGUUUCUAUCAUUUCUAAACAAGACUGGCCAGGAAACUGGCCCCUAAAAGUAGCUAUGGCCACAAUUGUUGGAAUUGGAGGAACUCAAACAGUGCUCGGAUGUUACAGGUUAUUGGCCCAGAUAAUAUCUCAGCUUGGAUUCAGCCAUAUGUGUUACAGACUGCUAUCAACCUUUGGGGUAGGGAUUUGCUAUGGCAAUGGCAUGACUUUAACCACUGCAGGCACAAAUUUAUCUUAAGGGUCUCUUAUCUAAAGCCCCUGCUCAAACUUGGUUGUCAGCCAGGCCGGUUUGGGUUGACCAGUGGCCCUUGAAAGGGGAAAAAAUUGCUCCAGGCUCAUUCACUAAUUCAAGAACAGCUGCAGGCAGGACACAUAGUACCUUCCACAAGUCUGUGGAACACUCCCAUUUUUGUUAUUCCAGAAAAAUCAGGGAAAUGGUGUUUGCUACAAGAUUUAUGUGCCGUUAAUGUAGUAAUGCAACCUGUGGGAGCCUUACAAUGUGGCAUCCUGAAUCCCACUAUGCUGCCUAGUAAUUGGACGCUACAGAUUAUAGAUUUAAAGAAUUGCUUUUUUACCUUUCCACUACAUCCGGACAAUUGUCAGUAUUUUGCUUUCUCAGUUCCCAGCAUUAACAAUGCUCAGCCUAUGCAGCGUUAUCAGUGGACGAUUUUACCACAGGGCGUGAUGAACAGCUCCACAAUUUGUCAGCUUGUUGUGAGUACUGCUGUGCAGCCUACACGUGAGGCAUUCACAGAGGCUGUAAAACAUCAUUACGUGGACAAUAUCUUAGUUUGUGCUGAACAAUCUGAUUAUCUACAGAGUGCAGUAACACACUUACUUCAAGCUCUGAAACUUCAUGGUUUACAAGUUGCGCAGGAAAAAGUGCAGACUGUGCCUCCUUGGAAAUAUUUAGGCUGGAUUUUAACAGAAACUAUGAUCAAACCCCAGCCUUUGACAAUUAAUAAUGAUAUUAAGACAUUGAAUAAUUUAUAGAAAUUGAUGGGUACAGCUAACUGGGUACGACCCAUGCUUGGAAUUUCUACCCAUGAACUCCAGCAUCUGUUUAAUUUGCUAAAAGGAGAUUCAGAUUUAGCAUGUCUUUGCGCUUUAACUCCACAGCAUAGAGAGAAUGAGAGCUGGUAGCACACGAAAUUACAAACUUAUAGGCUGACAGCAUUCGAUUGGACUUGCAGACAUGUCUGUUUAUAGUUACAACACAAAACCAACCUGUGGCUAUUGUGGGACAGUAUGAUGAGAAUGCAAACAGACUGAUAUACUUGGAAUGGAUUUUUUUGCCCAGUUCUUUCCGUAAAACUAUUACUCAGCCCCUGAAAUUGAUUGUUACUCUGAUCAAAAAAGGCAGAGGAUGGAUUCAGGUCUUUGUGGGCCAUGACCCAUCUCUCAUAUAUGUACAGUUUGUGAAAUCUGAUUUUGAUUUUUUUUAUUCACAGUCUGUGUCCUUGCAAAUUGCACUAGCUGGUUUUCUUAACAGCAUAGCUUUUGGCAUCCCUAAAUAUAAAAUGCUGCAGAAUCUGCAAGUCUUUGACAUCAGACCGUCCUGUCCCACAUACUCGCACAGUUUUUGUUGAUGGUUCAGGGAAGUCUCAUAAAGCUGUAGUGGUCUGGUGUGAUGAUAACGGUUGGCAUCAUUCUUUUUAAAGUUAUUAAAGGUACAACCCAAUUAGUAGAACUUGGCACAGCUUUACAUGCCUUAGAGCUUUUUAGGGAGGAACCUCUAAAUUUGGUUUGUGAUUCUGAGCACGUAGUCAAGGUCUUACAAUGCAUCCCCUCUGCUUUUCUUAAAGAAAUCUUGCAACAGCAGCUCUUUGAAAUGUUUGUAUCAUUGCUUCGUGAACACUCUUUUUGUUACUCAUAUACGCUCUCAUACAACUUUACCAAGUCCCAUAACAGAAGGCAAUGCAGUUGCAGACUCUUAUACUGUAGCUGCAGUCCGCUUCCAGUCUGCCAGGGCUUCAUAUGCUUUUUUCCCUCCAGAAUGCUGCUGCUUUAAAAAAGAUGUUUGGUCUCACUCUCGAACAAGUGAGAGACAUAGUGCGCUCUUGCCUGGAAUGUCAUGGUCUGAUAACAAGUUCGCCUUCCCUUGGAGAUAACCCUUGCAGGCUCCCAGCUAAUGACAUUUGUCAGUCUGAUGUUACAUGUUUCAUCUUUUGGCCAUUUGAAAUAUGUACAUGUUUCUAUAGAUACUUUUUCAGGUAUGCUUUGUGCACCUGCUCAUAUGAGUGAGAAAAGCAGAGAUGUUCAGUGCCACUGGACCCGCUGUUUUGCUAGGCUGGGUGUGCCACAACAGAUUGAAACUGACAACGGUCCUGGAUACACUGCUAGAUCCACGCAAUAUUUUUUACAGCAGUGGGGUGUCUCACAUGUCACAGGUAUUCCACAUUCUCCCACUGGUCAGGCUAUCAUUGAACAAGCGCGUUCCACACUGAAACAAAUGUUGUUAAAACAAACAAGGGGGAAUAUGAUGCCUUAAGAACAGUUAGACAAUGCAGCAUAUACUUUAAAUUUUUUUAAUCGUACCAUGCCCCCUUCUCUAUCACAGUAGUGGAAAAAACACUUCUGUGUUCCAGAUUCACUGUCUCAGAGACUAAAGGUUUCAUACCGGGAUACUCUGCACAACAGUCAGUGGCAAGGGCCUGUAGAACUAAUCACCUGGGGGAGGGGGUGUGCUUGUGUUCUUCUUCCAACAGGACCAAAGUGGCUUCCUGCGAAAUAUGUUAAACCUUUCUAUGAGUUGGACAAACAUGACCCAGGACCCAGUACCAGAGAUGCAACACCUGUCCCUGCAGCAGAGGGUAAUGAAGAAACAGAAGAGACCCAAGAAAGAGGCCAGUGAUGUUACCUGGGGGCAGCUAAGAAGUUACAGCAAAAUGCAAGUACUAUGCUGGCAGCAGCAGGCCCCUCACUCCAAUUAACACCUUCUUAGCCUACUUGGCUAUCAUCUCCUAUGACAGUGCAGUAACAAUAACACACACUGGGUAGGUGGUGCAUGGAUACCACCAGAAGGUCAAUUGCUGGAAAACAAGGAUCGGAUUGAAUUUAACCAAACACAACAGUGUUUUGUUGAGACCCCUCCUGUAUGUAUUUCUAAGAAACCUAUUAACAAUUGUUUGUCAGAGAAGUUUUGUCUGUUUUAUCAGUGAUGGGGGGAUGGAGAUGUGGCUCAGAGCAAUUUGGUUUUUGUUUCUAUUCAGGGUCUUAAUGUGUAAGGUAUAUAAGACAUUUUGAGUUUGUACUGGGCCCCUUGUAAAUUAGAGGCAUUAGCAUAUCAGAAUUGUACAGAUUACUAACUGGUUAAAAAAAAAAAAAAAUCUUUCAAUCCAUUUGUUUUCCUUAUUAGGAUGACUAACCAGCCUUCUCCAAUAUUUAUUAAUAACUACAAUUGUUGUAAUUUGUAUUAUUCUAUUCUAUUGUAGGUUGAUUUGCAAUAAUAAUGUAUAACAGAAAAAUGACACAUAAUGUAUGAUGAUCCGCAGUGGGCAUUCAAACUCACCAACAGAAUGCCCCCUUUUGACUUUGGAGGCAAGAGGUGACUGCAGUACCACUUCAAAGUAGCCUGUCAGAUGACUGUGGUCACAGGUUGGAUUGUGUGGCAGUUGCACAUUCCCCUGAAAUCUGGAGCCUUCAAUGAAGAGGCUGAUGGCUCUUUAGCACCUUUUGUGCCCCACUGUGCCUGUCCCCACAUAUAUACACCUAGAGUGGUACCAAGGUGUUGUCAGUCAGCUUCACCGCUACCAACUGAUGGAGCAGGAGGGGUGGGACCCUUGGUCAAUUGACAGGGUCCUUAACAAAGGAGGUGCCCAGACUAGCUGCAAAGCUUCUGGUCUAUGUUGUAAUGCCCACAGCCACAUCUGACCAGACUAUAAAACGGGGUUCCCGCCGAAGACAUGCUUUGAGUGGUCUUCUCGGAGCUGCGGGUCUGUAAACUGGAGCCCUCUCCUUAGACAGGAACAUGGUCUAAGGAAACUUCCUGGGAUUGAGAACACCUCACCUCUUCAUUUGGGUGAGUGAUUAUUUACUGGGUGUAUCCUUGAAUGAGUCUCGCCUAACCCAGGCGAGUGAUUAUUUCUUGUGAGUACCCUGAAGUAAGAGGCCUCUAGUUUUGUUUCUUGUGAGUGACUACAUGCACGUUGUGGAUCCUCAUUAUUCUUAUGUUAUUGUAUUCAAAUAAUCUCCUCAACUAAUACCUGAACCUGUAUUUUAUGUUAUGUUGUCAGAGUGCUAAAUAUGUGUAAUACUAUUGAAAUUGAAUUAUAGUGUUUAUGAGUGAAAUCAGGUAAAACAACACCUCCAGAGAGCAGUCUUAGCUAAUGUGCAAGGCCUGAUUUAGGAUUUAGCCAGUGCCCUGCAAAACAAUUGUAUAAUUUGUAAGAAUUAUCACUGUAAGACAUAAUGGCUAACAUUAUCUAAUAGCAUAAAGUUAUUAGACCCAAAAACUUGGUUUUCAGGCCUCAAUCUGCAUAUAUGGGUUUUUGUGGGAAUCAGAUGUGCUUGUGUAAUGUUUUUUCUUGUAGUUCUCCGAAUCAUCUGGAGAAUGAUACAGAAUGCAAAGAAGAAUAAAGCCAGGGUCCUUGCUGUGCUCAUUGUGAACCUGAUGUUCCAAAACAAAAAAGGGGGAGAGGUUGGAAAGUAAAGAUGUGGGAAAGCAAGGUGUGCGAUUCCAGCCACCUGGAUGAUACGGGAAGAUCAAUACUAACAUGACCAUCUGGACGGUCAAAGAAGAAAUAGUACUAACAUAAUUAGAUCAUAGCAACUAGUCAAAAUAUAAAGGGCCUUGGACAGGUUGUGCUGAAGUACGUUUCUCAUACUUGUAAAGAGUGACAGCCCAGACUCACGAGAAUGGUAUCUCGGGCCGGAUAACCACUUCCAAGUACAUGUGAUGUGUGAAUGUCCUUGGGCCUGGUCCGUGAAUGAGUGGGAACAUAACUGAAACAAACGUAACAUGACCGUGGUGUGGUUUUAAUAACAGUUACUGAUAAAACAUCUUGUUUAACCUCUUAGUCCAGGCUCAUAUCUGUAAAUGCUAUAAAUUGCCAAUGGUUAAUAAAGAGGGUCUCAGUCUGGCUCAGCUCUCUGCUCUGCCUGGCUCUGUGCUCCUUCCUGAACAAGA